GGAUCAGCACCUCCUAUGCUAUGUGUGUCCGCUAUGAUGGGGUGGAAGUGGAAGAAACCUACUGUGAUGCAUUGACUCGUCCUGAACCCACCCAUGAAUUCUGCGCAGGCAGAGAGUGCCAGCCUAGGUGGGAGACCAGCCAGUGGAGUGAGUGCUCAAGAACUUGUGGUGAAGGUUAUCAGUACCGAAUUGUGCGCUGUUGGAAGAUGCUGGCUCCAGGCUUUGAUAGUUCAGUCUACGAUGACAUGUGUGAGUCAGCUGGGCUAACCAGGCCUAUGGAACGGAAAUCAUGCAAGAACAAAGUUUGUGGGCCGCAGUGGGAGUUGUCAGAAUGGUCUGAGUGUUCUGCUCGGUGUGGCAGUCAAGGGACAAUGAGAAGAGAAGUGCGCUGUUCAGUCGAACCCAAACUCUGCAAUCAAUCUACAAAGCCUGUCAAUGAGAAGGAGUGUUUAGGUCCUCCCUGUGACAGGCAUUGGGCGGCUUCUGACUGGGGGCCGUGCUCAGGUUUGUGUGGUGAGGGACGGAUGAAUCGCUUGGUCACCUGCCGCAGUGUGGAAGGGAAGUUGAUCUCGGAGUCCCAGUGCAAUCCCAACACUAAACCCCUGGCAACCUACCCCUGUGGAGAUAAGAACUGCCCUGCCCAUUGGGUCGAGCAAGAAUGGGACCAU